AUGGACUUUGGAAUAACUACUACUCGUUGGACUGCCUUUGCAUGCACGGAUAGACAAUUCCUUGCAUCAUUGUCUCCUUUUACUGUUGUAGUAAUCCCUAGCAUCGUCUCUCUUCCGGCUCCGGUGACCUAUCUGAAUGGAAGUCGAACAGAACUCUCGCUCACCUGUGAAGUCUGGCCUCCCACCGCCAACAUCUCGUUUUUCAUAGCUCAUCCUGCCAUCAUGGGCACGGAGGGUGGGAGUCCUCUCUCUCUGUAUCCAAUUUCAUCCGACUCCAAUGGCCUAUUCAGCAUCUCGCGUCGUGUGUCUACACCGCUGAAUGACUCGAUUGGCGGUGGAGUGCCAGCCUUCUCGAACACUUCAGUCAGCUUGACAGUGAGGGGAGGAGGCGUGGGGAGUGGUGGUGGAGGGGACGCGGCCUCGAAGUUGUGGCGUCUUGGAGCAGUUGAUGUGCAUUGCAAGGCGUCGACACAGUUUGGCAGUGUGCUCAGUGCUCCGUUUCGAGUGGUUCAAACGAGACUUCCGGAGCUAUCUACGCCCUCAGGCUUCACCAACACCCGAGUGCAGGAGUUUAUUAGUGGCAACACAGCAUUUGUCAGUUGUCGGAUUCCACCAGACAGUCAGCCUCCACCCAUCAUUCAGUUCUAUCUCAACGACACUCUCAUCACCAAUGCUAGUGAGUUCUUAUUUUCCUCUCCUCCUUGCAUCCUUCGAUGUAGUGUCAUUGAAGGUGACUUGAGUUAA